AUGCGACACCUGACUGUAUCCACCCUGGUGAUCCUCAUGUCUGCCGCCGUUUCCGCUGAAGACGUGCCCGUUCCGGAACCUUAUGGAACCACGAAGUCAGGCGACGCCAUCGAACUCUACACGCUCCGCAGCAGCAACGGCCUGGUGGCUCGAGUCAUGACUUUUGGUGCAACACUGGUGGAACUGCACGUUCCGGAUUCUGCAGGCACCACGGCUGACGUCAUUCUGGGGUUUGACGAUGUGGCCGGCUAUCAGUCAGAUGCCAACGGCUACUUCGGCUGUACGACCGGACGGGUCUGCAACCGCAUCGCCAAAGGACAAUUCAGCCUGAACGACAAAACCUACACACUGGCCAUUAACAAUGACCCCAACCACCUGCACGGCGGCAUCAACCGCAGUCUCGACAAGGUGGUCUGGAAGGCCCGGCCAUUCGCCGACAAGUCACAGACAGGAGUCACUUUUUCAUACUACAGUCCGGACGGUGAAGAAGGCUAUCCGGGUAACCUGCAGAUUCAGGUAACUUAUUCUGUGGCUGCCGACAGCAACUCUGUCACGAUCAGUUACCUCGCCACCACCGACCAGGCCACUCCCGUGAACCUGACCAACCACGCCUAUUUCAACCUUGGCGGGGCCGGCAGCAGGUCGGUACUGGACCAUGUGCUGCAGCUGAACGCCGAUCACUACACGCCGGUUGAUGAGACGCUCAUCCCGACUGGUGCGAUCGAGGCCGUCGAAGGAACGCCGCUUGAUUUCCGGACUCCGCAUGUCAUCGGAGCACGCAUCGAGUCGCUGAUUGACACGCCUGCACUCGGCUAUGACCACAACUAUGUGCUGAACAAAUCAUCAGCGAAUGCAGCAGAGCCUGCCGCUGUCCUGACAGACCCGGAUUCCGGGCGCCGGCUGCUGAUCCGCACGACUGAACCUGGCAUCCAGUUCUAUUCCGGCAACUUUCUCAACGGCAGCAGUGGAAAAGGCGAACGAACUUAUCCACUUCGAAGUGCGCUGUGUCUGGAAACUCAGCACUAUCCGGACUCAGUCAAUCAGCCGCAGUUCCCCAGUACGAUCCUGAAGCCCGGAGACGAAUUCCGGUCGACGACGAUUCUGGAGUUCAGCACCACCAGGUGA